AUGAAACAGGCCCAACUCGAAGACCAAAUCUACCGGUUCGAACAAUCCUAUCUCGAAGAAACCACCGCUGGAAACAUCAUCAAGGGAUUCGACAACUACAUCAAGGGAUCUUCUAGUGGUGGUGGUGGCGCGACGAGGAGAAAGGCGACGGUUACGGAUGCGGAUAGGGUGUUUUCGAGGAGUUCGGCGGGGUUUAUGCGGGUAUGUUCUCCUUUCUCUUCACUCCUUGUCUCGUUUGUGGUGAUAUGGAUGAGAUGGUAAUGGGGGCUAAUAUGUUACUGGUAUAGGAUUCGCCUGCGCCUUCAUCCGCUCAAACGACACCGUCGCAUGCUGCGACUCCAAACUCGACGUAUAACG